CCUCCCCGCCGUGGGCAAUGCUCUCCGCAGGCUGGGUGUGCCUGACGCCUGCGGUUUCCUGUGGGAGGAAGCGGCCCGCGGGCACUCAGCUCAGCCCGUUGCCUCGGAGGCCCUAGAAGGGGAGAGCCCUCCACCGCUCUCAGAUCCACCGAUUCUUCCCCUUCCACGGGGCCCUAACAUGGGGGACCUCCUGAACAUCCCAGGAUACGCAAGCUCCCACUGCAGCCAUGUCACUCCUCCUGCUGGUGGUGUCUGCCCUCCACAUCCUCAUUCUCAUCCUCCUGUUCGUGGCCACUUUGGACAAGUCCUGGUGGACCCUCCCCGAGAAGGAGUCUUUGAAUCUCUGGUAUGACUGCACGUGGAUCAAUGUCAACAAAACAUGGGCCUGCAGUAAUGUCAGCGAGAAUGGCUGGCUGAAGGCAGUGCAGGUCCUCAUGGUACUUUCCCUCAUCCUCUGCUGUCUGUCCUUCAUCCUGUUCAUGUUCCAGCUCUACACCAUGCGUCGAGGAGGGCUCUUCUACGCCACUGGCUUCUGCCAACUAUGCACCAGCCUGGCGGUGUUCACCGGGGCACUGAUCUACGCCAUUCAUGCCAAGGAAAUCCUGGCAGAUCAUCCGCCUGGGGGUAGCUUCGGUUACUGCUUUGCCCUGGCCUGGGUGGCCUUCCCCCUCGCCCUGGCCAGUGGCGUCAUCUACAUCCACCUGCGGAAACGGGAGUGAACGCUGUGCGUCGCGGCCCCAGCCUGCUCCCAGCCCCUUCGCCUCACCUGCCUCCAGAAAAUAAAACCAUUUAAC